GGUUUGUUGUGCAAGAGUGCCAGCCGUGUAUGCUGGGAUGUUAUCGGAUCCUGCUUGGAAACAGCAAGAGCCUAGAGCUGCCCUGAAUCGUGCUCCAAAGUCGCAGAGCUAAUUUUCCACAGGUCUCCUUGAGGGAAAGGCGCAUCAACAGUGCGAACAGGUUUGGAAAGAGGAAAGUCACUCUAUUUUGGUUGUGUGUGUGAGCACAUGCAUUCACUCACUACUUUGCUGCUGGGCCAGUGAUGAGUGCAGCUUGUAUAACUUCUAGGAAAUAUCCCCCCCCCUUCUUAUGCAAGUGUUCUGAAGAGUUUUUCCCAAUGAAAUUCAAGGGGUGUGCCCACUUUGUUAAUCGUUGCAGCUGUCAGGAUUUAUAAAUUCUUCCCUGGGAAGUGCUGCUGGCAAGUUACGUUUCAGACUUUUCUGCUUUUCUCUAUAGCGCUAUUUACAGACUGACCAGUGUUGGGGGAGAGAUUCUGCAGGUGUGAAAUUUUGCCUUCGCUUUCUGUGGAAACCUGGAACAAUAAAAUAAAAUAACCUAGGUAUGUUGCUUAGUGCAUUGCAAUAAUUGUUGUUUUUUUUAAAAAAAAAUUAAAGGCACAGUUUUGAUGUAGCUUGUGUUUAGAUAUCUAGUUGUUUUUCAUCUGAAAUAUAUCACUCACAGUCAAAAGAUAUCCAUAUCUAAUCAGCAGGGUGCCAAGUUAACAUUUCUGAGCCCUGUAAGGUUGUUCCAGAUUACCGAUAAUAAUGUCCUAUGGGGGUGACCUUUAGAAUAACAUUUUGUGCAAAGGCUUUGAAAGGUAAAGCUUGAUCAAGAGUGUCUGUCUAAACAAUACUGUCAGUCAAAGCGUAGCGAGGUUUUUGGGUCAUUUUUCUCGCUGCUUCUCUUCAAAACAAAGGUGCAGAUCCUGUGCACUCUGACCUGGGAGUAAGCCCCACUGAACAGAGUGAAACUUACUUCUGAGUAACCAUGCAUACAUAGGAUUGCACCACACAAAUCACAAACAGCUAUGCUCAUAUUCUAUAUACAGGGCAAUCCUAUUCAAGACUCGUUGAAUUCAGUGGGGUUUAGUCUCAGGUAAAUGGAUAGAGGCUUGUCACUGAUUUUAUUUCCUUCCGGUUGAUUGCGUGAGAAACUCUCAAAACAAUUAUUUCCCCCAUCCAGGGAAAUUAAAGUGGGCUGGGAGAAAAUAGGACUAGUAUGUGUUAAAACCUGGGAGUGGGGAAGAGAUUGUCCCUAACAUUCCUUCACAAGGAUGGUUGUGCAGCACAAUCCUUAAAACACUGUGAAAAUUUAUUCUGUGCAUUGUGUGUGUGUAUUGUUUUAUUUUUUUUAACUUUUCUUAGUUGUUUUUGUUAUAUUUUGCAUAUAACCUUGAGAUAACUUGUCAGCCUGGAUAGCUCAGUUGCUUAGAGCGUGCAGCUAAUAACUCCAAGGUUGCAGAUUCGAUCCCCAGCUGCAUUGCAGAGGGUUGGACCAGAUGAUCCUAUGAUCUAUAUCUAUUUAUAUAUCUAUAAUCUAUGGAAGGCUAUUAUUAUUAUUAUUAAUCUACAGGUUCGCUUCGUUAAUUCUGCUGUAGGGACUAAAUGUCCUUGCUAUGGCUUUGGUGCACACUUGAACCAGAUCUUCCAAAUACUUUACGCACGACCAUUACUUGCAUAGCCUAACACAGUGGCAUAGCAUGGCUGGGGGGUGGGGAGGCACAGAGGCGGUUGCCCCGGGCACAAAAUUGUUAAGGGCACAAAAUCUCAACACCCAGUGCUGGCUCAAUACAGCUGUACACUUCUGUUGCUGGGAUCCUUUGAAAACAGUGUCUCCAUAUAAACCAGGAAGUGACCUCUCCAGACAAUGGAACAAGUCUUCUUUUCUUAUCUCUAUGGCUGCAAUUUCCUGGGUGACGCAGAUCCUGUUAGGCAGCUGAAUGCACAUGUGUACUCUGUACAUUUCCCUCCCUCUCACCCACCCCCUCUGCACAGCCCCGGGCUCUGGCAACCCACGGUAUGCCACUGGCCUAACAAUAACCAGCAUGGUUGAUUUAUUAUUGGUUAUACUGCCGUAGCAUAAGGCCUCUUAUUGUCGGGAUAGCCAACACGGUGUCGUCCAGAUAUUGUUGGAUGGCAACUCAUCCCUGAUCCCUGGCUGUUCUAGCUGGGGCUGAUGAAAAUUGUAGACCAAAGCAUCUGCAGGGUAACACAUUGUCCACUCCUGACAUGUAUGCAUUUGAAGCCAAAUGCAUGACAAAUGAGAGAAAAUGCCAUGUGUUCCAAUUUGUUCCUAAAGCUGUGCUUGGCUUUUUUUAAAAUAGUUCUUCCUUUGUAUUGCUAGGCCAUUGUAUGAAAUGGAAUCCCAUUCAUUGCAACCCAAGCAUCUUGGAUCAGAUGAAAAAUCCAGAAAACCAGACAACAAAAAAGGUAAAUAUUUGCUGGCAGGUGAUGCAUGAGCCUCUGCUUUGUACCUUUGCUACACCUGAGGUCUGUCACGUUUCUAAGCUCAUGUCCAAUCAGUAUUUCCAAGCUGUCUUCAAGGGAAGCCCCACAUAAAGUUAAGAACAGUAAUCUAGCUGGGAGGCUACCAGAACACGGGUUACUGUGGCAAGGCUCUGAUCAAGUAUACCUUAAGUGUAUACUUAAAAUACAAAUAGCUGCACACCUAAAAUGCUUAACAGGUAUGCAGUCCUUGACAUUUUCCAUUUUUGGUGUGUGUGUGAUUGUGUGUGAGAGAGUUUAUAUAGGGUUAUGAUGAUCCACGCAUGGUUAUUGUAAAGACUCAUCAACUUUUGCCAGGGAGCCCUAAAAUACUUGCUUAUCACUUGUAAUUACACAAUGAACCCAAUAAUGCUAAUGCAGCCUUCAGGUUCUUGUUGCUUCCCUUCAACUUCUCAGAGCCUCCUGUUGGGUCUCCAGUCAUACACUCUCCUGAAGGAAGUGGGGACUUAAAAAAUAAUUCACAGACUUAUUUUGAGUCUGGAAUAAAGCUACAAAGAGGCAGAGGGAAGAAUGUGCAAUGGGGAACUACAGCAGGCUCCUGUACAAAAAAUAUCACGAAUAAUUCGUGCUGUGAGUUGUAAAAAAAAGAAAGAUAUACAUGUAAGUCCACAGGAAAAAUUCCAAAACCCACAUUAGGGCAAUAUUUUUAUUGGGCCAACCGGAAUCUUACAAAAGAGUGUGGUAGCUUUUGAGCUCUCCAGAACUUGGAUGAGGACAUCAGGCUUGAUGGUGAACAUAAGUGGCAGUGGGGGAGAGAGCAGGAAUUUUGGCUGUUUCUGAAGACAUGAUGGAGUUUGCAUUGCCUUGUAGUCUUCAGAUAGUAAGUAGGCAGCAGACAUUAAAAUGAAGCUCUAGUCCAGCAGUUCUCAACCUGUGGGUCCCCAGAUGUUGUUGGACUACAACUCCCAUUAUCCCUAGCUAGCAAGACCAGAGCUCAGGGAUGAUGGGAGUUGUAGUCCAACAACAUCUGGGGACCCACAGGUUGAGAACCGCUGCUCUAGUCCAUUAGGUGAGUUGCAGGUUUUUGGCUGUUGGGAAGAAGCAGCAGGCAAUAACUGAUCCCCAUUUGAGAGGGGGGAUAUAAAAUCCAGCUGUUACCCAGACCAGUUUCUACUUGAAAACUUGCACACUAUUUUUGGAACAUUUUGGUUUGCCCUAAGAAAGAAAUUGCUCAGAUGUGGAUUUUGGAAUUUGUACAAUAGAGUUGUAGAGAACCUUCAAGCUGAAACAUUGACAAGUAUUUUUAUGUGACCGUGAGAGAAAAUCUCUUUGCAACCAGAUCCCUGGCAUUUUAGGGUCUUGGCAGGACAUCGUUUCUCUUGAUCCUUUUAAAAGAAAUGUGAUCUGGUAAUCCAGUCUUUUGCCCUCAACUUCAAAGAGAAGCUCUUCCGUGUAGAAAUUCUGGUCAUUUUACAUCUUCAUUAUGAAGCCAUACAGGAACGCAGCUUUCCAGGUGCAUUUGCAGAAGUGAUUGUGGUGCUAUCACUGUUGAUUAGGAAACCUUACAUAGGCAAGGGGCAAGAGCCAUCCUGAAGGAUUAUCGAUUUAGUGUGAACUCAGCAUUUCACGUGUUUUGAUUUCCUUAAAAUAGAAGCAAGAAAGAGUAGAAGGGGGACCUUUAGCAUAUUCUCCAAAUCUGCCUGAGUGAGCAGAUUAACUAAGAUAGCAAGUCAAUUUAUGGGGCCAAUAGGCUGGAAUAGAAUAAGUGCAACUGUAAACACCCUGAUCUGUUAGAUGGUUUAGUGUUGCAUAUAUAUAAUCAUGUGUUCCUAGGCUGUAUCUAUGACUUGGCAAAGUCCUGAGUUGACCUCUUAGAAAGCAGAGGACUUGAACCCACUUGAUCUUACACUACUCACAAACUGUAGUUUGUUAAGGAUGCAAUUCUCAGCACCCUUAAUAAGCUACAGCUCCCAGAAUUAUUCGAGGGAAGCUGUGACAAUCUAAAGUUGUAUCAUAGUGCCUUUGAGCUAUUUCAUUGCAAGGAACAAUAAUGGGGCUGCUUUGUUGAGGCUGUUGCUGUCUGCCCCCCUCCCCAGGUUUGGGCUACGUAAUCACACACACGGCUAGACUCAAAACAGUAUAAAUACAGUAUAUAGAUUAUGAUACUGAUGCUGGACUUGGAAAAGAAAGCUAUUGCCCCAAACAGGGCACAUAGCAGCUCCAGGGGUUAUUUUCAUUUGGUAUGGGGAAAGACUUAACUCUCUCCCUCCCUUACAUAGUGCUACAGUCCAGAUCUCUUUUUCGUGGGAAAUUUCCUUUUUAACGUUGUGCAAAUGUUUUUAGCAUUAAAAAACCCCCACAACUACACAUGAAACCCUGUUCUGCGGGUCUUCCGUGUUACUUCUAGGUUUGGCCCUUGAUGAACUUUUAUGAAAUCAUUCUCCGCAUGUGUCCAUUCCUGCCUGCUUUCACCACUGCCUCCGUCAAGACAAGAGUUUCUGUCAUUUUUCUGUGGCAGAAAGCAUGCGCUGUCUGAGGGGCCGAACCCUCUCAGGGCAUAUGUUGCAUCGCCAUGCUGCCACAGUAUAGGGUUUCCAUAAAAGUGCCAGCUGGAGUUGCUUGGCAGCAUUUCAGCAGGACACUUGAGGGCAGAGCAGAUUCCUUGUCCCAAAGCCCUGCCCAUCUUGACCUCCCCUGGCCCCUUACAGUUUGAGAUAAACUCACCACGUUAGCACUUUACUUUGAGAAUGGACAGCAUGAUGUCAGGGCACUGAAGAGUGGUGGCUAGAUAUUGAGGAUUAGGGACCAGGAGAAGGCGGGCUGGAGACUUGGAAGAAGGGAUCCGUGAACUGGAGGAACCUGUAACAUCCGGGAGAUGAGAGUCAGAGGCAGGAGAAGCUUCAAGGCUGGAGAGUGGAGAACAAGUGCGGGAGGGAGAGAGAGAAUUCUCUUGCUUCACUGCCUCCUAGGACCAGAGGAGGAUUGAAGAGGGAGGAGAAGAGGGUUUCAGGUGGAGUCUUCAGCUGCUUGCAUACAGUUCGGAUAGGGGAGAUACAUAAGCCAAGAUCAAGGCCUUUCUGUGUUGUCAACUGCCUCCUCAUUGCAAGACCAAGCAGGAACCAAGGAACUGUGGCUUAGGCUGGAAGAGAACCUGUGAGCCUGUAGGAAGUGGCUUCCUUUAGCCUUCGGGCGAUUUUAAAUAUGAACCUAUGAUGAGCCUCCGGCAGUGGAGGUAGAACUUACGGAGUAUGCCUUGUAGCCAUUGAUUGUCUAGUUCUGCAUGAAUUGGGCUAAGCCUCUUCUGAAGACAUCCGAGCUAGAGGCAACCACUGCCUCCUUUGAGAGCGAGUUCCAUAGUUUAGCUAUGCAAAUAAAUUCCUUCCUGAAUCUGUUGGAAAAUUCCAUUCCACCUUUAGUUGCAGACAUGGAACUGUUGCAUGUCAUAUGUCUGUUUACAUGCCAACGCAGCUUGCUGGGAACUUCCAUUGUGUGUAUAGCUUUUGCUUUUCUCUUUCUCUUGGAGAAGACAAAGACAGAGACUACAUGUUUCUUUGUCCUGAUUUAUGAUUAAUAAAUACGUAGUUGUAGUAUGCUUCCACAAGCCUCACGCCUAUUCUGUGUGCGCAGUUUGCUCUGCUGACAUAGUGUGCCCUGGCUUUGAAGCCUGGGUCGCUGAUUUAUGUUGGAGCAGAGGCUGAUGGGUCUUCACAGUGGGACGGCUGGAAGGAGAUGACCCAGCUGGGGCGAGUCAGCUGGCCUUGCGACCCUCUUCAUCCUGACAGAAUCUUCCAUCAUUCAGUCUUCUAUUCAGGAGGUUUCAGCCCAUGGCAAGAAUGCUAUAACUCUUCUUUUUCUUUUAAAUACAUUUUUAUGAUAGAUUUAUUAGUUUACAAAAAAAAAAAAAAAACACGCGUUGUCUCUUUUUCAAGUUGUGUUUUCUACAGAUCAAUUUCAUUUGUUGUGAGACAUUAGUGUUACAUACAGUGUUAGGUUAGGAAGAAAAGAGGGGGAAAGUACACACAGGAAAUACAAGACAAACUAGGGGAUACCCAGAUGCCCUGGCUAACACACCACCAAUUACAUGCCCUCCUAAACAACCCAGGAGUAAAAUCAGCAGCAACUAGGUCCUUGACAACCUUCGAAAAACCUCCUCCUAACAACAAAGGGAUGGUAUCCACAAUAUACAAAAUACUGCUCCAAAAUCCCACAACCCCCCUUGACAUAAUCAAAAAAGAAUGGGAGGACAAAAAAGGCUGUGAGAUUAACCCCCCAAUGGACUAGAAUGUGGUCUAAACCUCCCUUUAAAUCCAUAUCAGCAAAAAGGAAAGAACUCAGUGUGAAACUCACUUACAGAUUGUACCUAACUCUAUAACUUUUUUGACCGACUUCUAUGUCUCAUUGGUGCUGAGUAAAGGUGGGAUUCCGUUCUAUUAUUAUGGCUUUAUAAAUAGCAAGCGUGAUGGAUGGCAGCUCCCCGAGGCCACAUAUAUCACACUAAACAAUUAUUGUUACGGACUUUUUGUGGGCAGGGACAUAACUCAGAUGGCUUCAUGCUCAGCAGGGCUGCCUGGCCAUAUAGAGGUUAGUGGCUUUUGCGAUUAGGUCACUGCACUAUCGUUAGCUGAGCUGGGCUACCUCUCGCUGUUAUUAUGACACAUGACCUUUCCAUUGUUUUAUUACUAGGACCAAACGGAGAUGAACAGAUAGUCGCAGAGAUCAUGGGAAGGUGUUUCUCCCCUUCGCUGAUAACCACCCAAGCCUGGGAAGGGUUCCAUUUUGUUGGCCACAAGAUAAAGAUCACGGAAUCCACCGACUGCUAUGGAGCUGUCGUCUGGCCUUCGGUAUUGCAGGCAAACAAGACUGUUGGCUCUGAUACAUGAAGCAGAGCACCACACAGGGCUCAGUGUGAAACGUAAGGGGUGGUUGUUUAAAGCCUGGGGAAACUAAAGUUCUGUAAAGAUGAGGCUCUAAAUACAGACAGCUGACGUAUUUUGGAAUCAGAGUUGCUACCCAAAAGGAGCAAUUCACUGCAAGAUCAACAAGCUCUGUUAGCCAUACAAGAAAAGUCAUGCUGCUAUUAAUAAUAAUAAUCAAGGCAUAUGCUUUUAUUUGUUUGUUUGUUUGUAAUGCUAUUUCCCCUAUCAAUCUGCUCUUGUCCUGUUUUUGUUUUCUCCAAUCCACAGGCUCUCGUUAUCUGCCACUUUUUGGAAACUAACAUGAAAUCUUAUAACCUGGUUGACAAAAAUGUCAUUGAAAUCGGAGCUGGGACAGGCCUGGUCUCGAUAGUAGCCAGUUUCCUUGGUGAGUAUGGGUAGUGUCCUCUAGAUCAGAAAGUGGUAUUCCAAGGUGUGUGUGGGAUUUUAGUGCACCUGUGACCAAGGAGUAGCAUGUCAGCUCAAAAACAAAAGUAGCAACAGAGACAGGGGCUCAUUAUCUUUUAAACACAGGUCUCCCCCCGCCCCCCAUAUAGAAAUGUGGUUUUGCAGGAAGAGGGCAUGGUAGAUAGACCGUGUAAGGAUGGAUUUAGACACUAGGAGAGGAAAUGUUGUUUACCGUAUUUUUUGCACCAUAACACUCACCUUUUUCCUCCUAGAAAGUAAGGGGAAAUGUCUGUGCGUGUUAUGGAGCGAAUGCCUACGGAUGGCGGGGGGAUCUGCUGCAGUCGUGAGCAGAGGAUCCAUGGUUACAGCCUGCACCAAAAAAAUCACGCACCCACUGUUGCCUGGGGCCACAAUGGUGCAAAAACAUGGUUACAAAGCAUGGAUCCACCUGGAUCCUCAGGAUUUUUGCAUUGGGCUACCCCAAACUCACCGUCAGAUCACAUGUCUGUGGCUGCAGCAUGAACCACAAAAAUCAUACAUCCACUGUUUCGUUUAGAAUAUUUCUUUUCUUGUUUUCCUCCUCUCAAAACUAUGUGCGUGUUAUGGUCGGGUGCGUGUUAUAGAGCGAAAAAUACGGUAGUUAUUAUCCUUCCUUGCCCAUGUGAGUGAGAUCAGCAGAGUACCAUCCAUUGUGGCCAGAAUUUGGAAGACAAGGUUGAUUUAACCUUCUAGAAACAAUAAUCCAGGAUUCUUUAAGGCAGGCUGGAUUUUUCUUGGUAUUAUCCCUUUUCCCCGCCUUGAAAACAGCAAUCGCACACACAUUGUUUUGUGAAGAAAUAAUAGUAGCAUUUACUUACAUAUUCUAGAUUUUGAAUUAGCAAAACAAAGGCAGGUUUAUAACUACUAUCUAAGUUACAAAAGUACAAAAUGUAAGUUCAGAAAUUGUGUCUGAGCUGCACGUAUGGUCAGCUUGGAGGCAUGAUGAAGAAAGAGAAAUAUGCCUUGGCAGGAAGGAAGCUUGUAGUAUUACAGCUUCCUGCCAAGGCAGACAAAGGAAGUGAUCUCACAGAGUUCUCUCUAGCAAAUUUUACAGGGAAGCUCUGUGAGCCUCAGCCCUUUCAUGUGCCCAUCUGGCAAAAUAUGAAUUGUUGGUUUGGCGGUAGUAAUGACCCACAGACCGAAGGGUUGUAACUCAGUGAUAGAGUGUCUGCUUUCUGUGCUGAAGGUCUCGGAUUCAAUCCCUGGCAUCUCCACACAAGGCUGGGAGAGACUUCCUGUCUGAAAUUUGGGAGAACUUUUACCAGUCAGUGUAGAUGGUACUGAGUUAUCGAGGAACCAAUGGUCUGACUUUGGUCUAAACAGCUGCCCAUGUUCCUACUGCCUUUAAUGAUGCCAGAGAGCAUUCCUGCAAAACUGUCUUAGAUUUGCUAAGCAUUCAUUCUGUGGCCCCUUCCUGCCACAGGUGCACGUGUGGUUGCCACCGAUUUGCCUGAAUUGCUGGGGAACCUUCGAUACAACCUUGUCAAAAACACAAAGGCCAAAUGCAAGCAUGAACCCCAGGCAAAGGAACUGUUUUGGGGGGUCGACCUGGAGAAGAAUUUCCCCAGGGCUUCGUGCCAGUUUGACUACAUCCUGGCGGCCGACGUUGUGUACCACCACCCUUACCUGAACGAGCUGCUCCUUACCUUUGACCACUUGUGCAAGGACAACACCGUCAUCAUCUGGGCCAUGAGGUUCCGACUGGAGAAGGAAAACCAGUUUGUGGACAGAUUCAAGAAACUGUUUGACCUGGAGGUUAUAACUGAUCUCCCCAGCUUAAAUAUAACCCUGUUUAAGGCAAAGAGAAGGCAUAAAGCAAAAAGGCCUUCCCUUUUCCCAUCCAGACUGCUGAUUAGGUGAUUGUCAAUGCAUGGUCUCUUUUCUUAGCCAGGAUUAGACCAUUUCUCAUUGGAUUGCUAGGUUUGAAUGUUUGAUAUUGGUAGAGCACUCAAAUGUUUGGUCCUUGCUUGCAGUCCGAAAUAAUACAACACAUCAACAGAUUCACGAUGGUCCAUGCACACCUUUGUUUGCACUGAUAAUGAGCCACAAUACAUACCUUUACAGUGGUACCUUGGGUUACGUACUUAAUUCGUUCCGGAGGUCCUUUCUUAACCUGAAACUGUUCUUAAACUGAAGCACCACUUUAGCUAAUGGGGCCUCCUGCUGCCGCCGUGCCGCCAGAGCACGAUUUCUUUUCUCAUCCUGAAGCAAAGUUCUUAACCUGAGGUACUAUUUCUGGGUUAGCGGAGUCUGUAACCUGAAGCGUAUGUAACCUGAAGCAUAUGUAACCUGAAGUACCACUGUAUAACUAUAUGCAGAUACUAAAGUGGGAGGAGGCAGAUUCCCCCGUAAUUCCUUAUUUAGUAAAUGGUAGAAUUUCGCUAACGUUUGGAGUAUUAAGAGAAGAUGUAAAAAUACAGUGUAAAAAAACACAGGCUGAGCUAGUUCUCUUGUUCAAGAGAUUGGCUGACAGAGGUGCCAGCAAAGACAGGCGAUGGCAGAGUUCAUUACCCGGACAAACGGUGGCACGUUUAGCGUCAGACAAGAAAUGGGGUCGCGUCCCUCCUGCAACUGGGUAUUAGUAGCAAAAGACAAUAGCAGAGGUGGAAGGGGGAAGUUUCCAGCUUGACUGGCUUCUGUUCUGGACCCAAUCUUCCUGAAGCUAUGAGGAGAUCAACAAGAGACACUCUUGGCAUGUAAUGUUCUGCACUCCCUCCAUGUAAACUCAGGUGUAAAUAAAUCGUAUUUCUUAAAGAUGC